AUGGCCUUCUCGUCGCCGUACUUGGCCGCGGCCCAGGCGAAGAGUUUCGGGGUCGUUAAGACGGCGCCGCCGCCUUCUCCUUCCGGUACUGGUGAGGUGAAGAGCUUGUCGACGGCGGCUCUGUUUCUUCUUACUGCCGGGCCGACCUCUACCGAAUAGGAAGGUUGGAGGUAGAACUUGAUCGUUUUCACCCAGCCGAAGGUCAGGACCCAGAUCGCAAAAUCCAGGAUCCAGAUGAACCAGGCGAGGGGGUUCAGUAAUAAUGCGAGCGACGGCGUCGACGACGCUUUGAACGUUUUGCCGCUGGACAUGGUUUUGGAUGGCUCGGCGGCGCUGACGAUAACGGUUGAUGACUGAGAUAUCCGUUCACGCGCUGGCGGCGCGUCGCUGCGGGCGCUGACCCCACACGUGUCAAAAUAACGUGCUGUGAGCUCACCGGGCGCUCGCUGACGGUUUCCUUGCGCAGUCAGCUGUCGGCUCGGGAUUCCGAGCUUCCUGCUGUCGCGUCGGCUAGCGCGGGCGUGUGAAUACGCCUUGCCUCUCCGUGGGAGAGAGCUGGAUGCGGCGCCGGGUUUUUCGCGAAUAGCCGUCGGAGGCCGCGAGAGCGCUUCCGGUCGGUGGCGCAGGCACAGAAGGCAAUCCUGCGCGCGGCUAGUGCGAUUUUGACUGCAUGCAGCGCCUCUGGCACAGCGCACUGUGAGAGGCGACGUGUUGUAGGCCCAGACGCGCGCAAGACCGGGUCGACGCACCGUCGGCGCGUCCCGAACUCCAAAACCACCGCGUGUGUCGCGCACGGGCUGCGUUCGCGCGCCCGGGGCAGCGUUGCAAGCGACAGAGCUUGGUCAGGAGCGCCGCCGCCGCGUCGUCAUGGCCGCCGCCGCCUUCGCCCCGGUUUCAACAGGAAUACUGGUACCAGCGGACGCGGCCGACCAGUACCCGGAGUCCUUCGACAAGACCUUCAAGCAGACCCUCGUCAAGACCAUCGACGGCUUCGACGAACAAGCGUACAGAGAGCGCUACGCCGAUUGUGAAUUAGAUGAACACACGACGGAAGUCCACAGAGUUGAGUCAGCACCGGUCGUCAAGGCUGGCGCCGUGCAGAAGCUCUUCUCGAAGCCGCGGCGACGGGCCGAGAUCUUGUCCUGGCAUUUAAGAAGGCAGGGCAAGUGGCAGGACGCGAAGAAGUUCGAUGCGACGUUGAACGCUGUUCGUAAGCCUCCCAAGGAAGAUCCCAUGCUCAAGGAGCGGUCGAGGUUCUGGAGGCGGCACGCGCCUCCUAGGUUCAAAUUGGAGGCGAUUUCGGCCACGCAAGAUCGCCGUGAUUUACAUCGGGACCCGCCAGUCCUAACCUGGGGCACGGAACAUGAAGCGAUGCAGCGGGACGCGUCUCCACGCAUCAAAGAAGCUUAUAGACAGAAAGCUGCUGAAAGAGAUAGACAAAUGGCCAUUCGAGAAGCAGAAGAGCUACUGAGGGACGCCUGCGAUAGUAGGGAUGCGGACAGUGUGGACCAUGCGCUACGCCAGGCCAAACACGUAGGCGUGCCUCGCGAUUCGGAGGCCUAUGAACUUGCUAAAUUUGUGCAGAAGGAUCUCGUGAGGCAGCGGGCCUACGACGAGAAGCAGGCUCUGCUGAAGCGAGACAAGCAGGAGGUCGAGAAUGUCGGCAAGUACCUCUGGAAGGCGCGGCACUACACGGACCCGACGUGCUUCGGGACUGAUGACGACAUCGUGCGAAGCGCGAGAGAGGCACAGAUGGACCUCGCCGACGGCUCCGUGUCGACCAUAAAGUCGAACGUGAACCCCAAGAAGCUGCCGCCCGCCAUCAAGCCGCACGCCGAGACCUUCCAUCCACAGCGCGUGCGGCACCACUACACGCCCGGGUCGCCCACCGUCACGGUGGAACGGGCCGGCGCCGUCGUCUGCAAGCGCGCUACGCCUCAUAGAGCCAGGCGGCGCUACCCCUAG